UCGUCAUGUGCGCUGUCAACAUGGCGGGGACAACAAAGCUAGAACAAUUUAAAUUCUUACAAAAAAGAAUUGGCUAUUGUACACUUUUACUCCUUUUAAUAACCAUCUCGGCAGUGUUUGCAUACCCGGGAGUCGAAAACAAAGUGCUUUCAGUUGCUGACUCCAACUGGACACUCAUCCUUAAGGGUGAAUGGAUGUUAAAAUUCUAUGCACCUUGGUGUCCAGCUUGUCAGCAGAUCCAGCCUGACUGGGAGGAGUUUGCAAAGCAGAGCCAGGCUCUUGGCAUCACUGUGGGGAAGGUAGAUGUGACACAGCAACCAGGUUUGAGUGGAAGAUUUCUAGUCACAACUCUGCCAACAAUUUUUCAUACAAAGGAUGGGAAUUUUCGUAGGUAUCUGUCUUCGAGAGCCGUGGAAGAUCUUCAGAGUUAUAUUAUAGAGAAAAAGUGGGAAUCGGUGGAACCUAUACCGGGAUGGAAAUCUCCUUCUUCCAUUGUGAUGACAGGAAUGGCUGCUCUCUUUCAACUUUCUGUUUGGAUUAGACAAAUUCACAGCUACAUGACAGAGACACUUGGUCUUCCAGUUUGGGGAUCUUAUCUCACCUUUGCUCUUGUUACACUGCUAACUGGACUGCUCCUUGGACUGAUGUUGGUUUUGAUAGCAGACUGCUUAUGUCCAUCUAAACCACUGUACAAAGAAGUAAGAACAGAAGUGUAUAUGAAAGAUGAAUGUUCUGAUGAAGAACAAGAGGACCUUUCUACAGAGGAAAAACACCUUUCUGAUGGAGAAAAUGAAAUGGGGAAUCCCAGUGACAAGGAAUCUGUAGAAGAGGAGGCCCCAGUUCCAGAAGACCUAGGAACAGACACAACUGAUGCCCAGCUGUCUGAAGAGUUAGCCGAGAGCACAGUGAGGAAAAGGAAACCUCAAGUACCAGAUACAGAGGAAGAGACUUAACCAAAAAGUCUUAAAAGAUGCAUUGACUGGACAUAUAAAUUAAAGAAGGUAAAGUCCUGGCCCUCAUGCUAUUGUAUAGCUAUUCUUUGUUUUGAAAUGGUCAGCUGAGGAAUAUCUGUUGCAUUUUAAGGUGUUUCCCAGUUAGAUCUAUCAAAACACACUUUACAGUACCUAGAUGAAUGUCUCAUGUCAUUCUGCAAGUCUGACUUUCCUCAGGCAGACUUGUGCUUACUUUUGGGCUAUCAGAUAUUCUAUGUCUUGUGAUCAAUCCCUUGUCCUGUGAUUUUGCUAAAAUGUUUUCUACAAUGGAUUUAUUUUCUUAUUGUUAAAUUGACACAUCCAUUAGUAUAUGUGACACUUUACAUUCUCUAAUUUUAUGGCCGUUAGGUUGAUAAAUCAGGACCAAAGAGACAAAUCAAUCAUGGACCAUUUUAUAAAAAAACAUUUUUUCAUUAUGUUUAUUUUUUUACAGCAAGUACCUGCUUGAGUAUUUCCAGAAUGCUGGUAUUACUAUACAGUACAUUCAUGUUUUUUGCUUUUCACUUACAUUUCAUGAUCUUAGUGUAAUUUGUCUUCAUAGAUUGAAAUAUAAAGAAAUCAUUCUAUCUCGCCAUACUAUAUAUCUGACAUGAUCUUGAAGUUAGUGUUGUUAAGAUUUAGAUUUAGUUAGAUUUAAUCAUUGUUUGUUACACAAAAGAAAUACAACAUUUAAUUGUAACAUAAGCACUUUGUGAUCUUGCAUUGUCCAGCUGGAAAAUCAACAUUUCUGGACUGACUUUCAAGAACCAAGAGUCUGGUGGCUUAAUGUACAGUAUAGCUGAACAGUUAGGUAGCCCUCAGUCUGAACCAAAGGUUUUUAUGUCAAAGAAGAGUUCUCUGUCCAUUGUCAGGCAGGUUGUUGUGAAUAAAAUGACUGUCAUCAUAAUGCUUACCACAACAUCUUCAUACACAUUGUUUUUAAUCUGUUAUAGACAAAAUGGUAUUUGUCAGUUAAUAAAGUACUUCACAACACACUCAGUUGUCAACAUGUUAGCCUAGAAUGGCCUCCCAGCAAAACAUUUUAUGCGGACAGAGAGCUGCAUUACCUUUAGUGCUACAAGAGUUAUUUUGUCCUGGCUUUUCUUGUGCCGUCAUUACUGUAGUCUGAAAAUUAUUUUGAAGAGGUAACGCAGAUGUGAAGAUCCAGAGCCAGUGUGGUUACCUUUGGCCUUUCAUGAUGUGGCCUGUAUCUUAUAGAGCUGGUUUCCUGGUUUCUCUUGACUACUCUGCUGAUUGUUGAAGAAGAAUAUCCAGGCACCUUUUCUAACAGACAAGCAACCUUCAUUCAUGCAAAAAAACAUAGAAGUGAUCUUUAAUACACUAGUGGUUAUAUUGUAAUAUCUACUUUUUUAUUGUUUUGAUUAUUUAUAUAUAUUCCUAAAGUAUUUAAAUGUUAUACUUUAAGCAUUUUUAGGAUAUAAACCUUGAUAGAAAAACAUCUGACGGGAAGUAAGUAUUGCAAUGUUGACACUUGAAUCUUAUUUUAUGGAGUUGAAUGAUAUUUACAUUUUCAUAAUAGGUAAAGAUUUAUUUAUAAAGGAACAUUUGCUUCUCUAUUCCUCCAAGAUGCUUUCAAAAGCACUCAUAUGACCUUUCCUCAGGAUACAUUCCAGUGUUAUGGAUAAUAGUGUUAAUAAUCCUAAUGUCACGUUAUAUUUAUUUUAAAGCUAUUUUAAUGUUUGUAUUCUAGUACCAUUAUCAUUAAUUAAAUUAACUAUAUUUAACCAUUUCACAAUUUUAGCAGCACAUGGCACACAAAGUAAAAUAAAAAAUAUUGUUUUCUUCCACCAUAAUUCAUGUACUACCAGAGAGUUCUCAUUACAUCUGCUUUGAUUUUAGCCUGGUACUAUUUUACAUAAAGUUAAUGUCAAAACUGCUCAUAUAGCAGGGCAAUAGACUGAGAAACAAGAUGCAUAUGCAGUGUAUUACCAGAACUCUUGAUCACAACAAAAUAGAUGAUCACUAUUUAUUUAAUACUGCACAUUGAUAGACAAACUCUUAAUAUUAAAUCCUAGAAGAGACAAUACUGUUUUUGGUCUCUUCCUUACAUGCUCAACCAUGUAAGUACAAACAUUCUGUCUGGGACUGAGCAGAACUUUUAAGCAUUAUUGUUGUUUUUAAUUUAUGUGUCUUUGAGAUGAAAUGUCAUAGGUAAUGGCAGUGCACUUGAGGUUUGAAUUUGGCAAUAUACUUGUGCUUAUGAUGCUCUUCAUGAAAAGCAAUAUCCCUAGUCCAAACCAAAAAAGAGAAAACAGGCCUGGCUAUCAGUCUGCCAUUUCCAAACUGAACAGUCUUGACAGUGCCCUGCAGAACAAAACAUUCUGCAGGCUGCCACCAUACCUGGAUUGUACCCAGACAGGAGCAAACGAUGUGUAUCAGGAUUCAUUACUCUUUGCCAUUGGUCUGUAUGCCACUGGUACUGAGAUCAUUAUUGCUGUUUUUGUGAUUUAAUGGCUUUGAGGUGGUUACCUUGCCUUAGAAUCCUUUAGCAUGUAAUUUCCCACACACAGUAGACACACAAACACAUCUAUAGUCUUUGAUCUCCUGGAUGAUUGCUUUUAAGACCCACAUGUGGCUCAUCUUCACAUUAUGUUUCACUAUUCACCAAGCUUUUUCCAUUGUAACGUGUACCCAUUCUUCUCCAGGCAAAAGUCUACCAAGCUGCUUGCUUUUUCACAUUUAUUAUUUGCCGAUGUUGAAUUUAGGUAGGAUGAUGUUUCUGUAAUCUUAAAGAUGGUAAUAAAUGUCAUAAAGCUUCAUACCAGAAAGAACUAGCUGUGACACAUAACAAAUUAUUUAUGUGUUCCUUUGGACAACCUCAGACUUUUUCUUCAUAGCACAUGACCUCUGGUACAACUCUAACUACUUUUGAUACAAUAAUUAUUGUUAUAGUAAGGUAUAACAUACAUUGUGAGCACAUCUAAUAACAGUAUGUCAAAUUGAAAAAAGGAGUACUUUUAAAGUGUAGUAAAAAUACUUUUGAUUUAAAAUCCAGUAUUGCUAUGACAACACAACUCACAGUUGCAUAUCAUAACUUAAACUACACAAUUAAUUUUUGUUAUUUUUAGUAGCUUACUUAAAAGUGGGUGCACAAAACCUUGAAGGUUUAGACUUCUUUUUAGGAAAUUUGCUUUGAAGGCUUUCACUUCCAAAUGUAUCAAAAAUAAGAUAACACAAUCAAUUCUGAAAUGCAUUUGGAACAAAUGCUGUCAGACCAUUGUGGGACUCACGCUGUCACUUUCAUUUGUUCUGCUGAGGAUCCUGCUGUAACAGCUGCAUUUUAAACAAGCUACAGAUUGAAUGAAAUGCAAGCUGUUAGUCUAGCAAAAGAUGUAUUAUGAAUGUCAAUUCAUGACAAAGCAAAAGCAUUGAAAAGUGGCUUAUUCACACCAAGUGUUAGGGAGUAUAAAAUCAAAUAAUCCAAAAUACUGUCUUAGAAAAUCACGUGAAGUCAGAUUAACAAAUCUUUUUAGGUGGGACAUAGGAUGAAAAACCACUGUCUUUCUUUUUCAAUUCGCUGUGUAAAAUCUCCAUGCCUUUUUGUGCUCUAAAAUAAAAAUAAGGGGAAUAUAUCCCAUGAUCUGGUAAAAUGAUUACUGAUCUGGUGUGGAUUUCCCUGUGAGCUCACUUUUUUUCAAAGGGAAAAGUAUCAUUUUAGACAUUCCAACUAGACAUCCAUUUGUCAAUGGAUAUGUUUAUUGUAACAAGGAAAACAGCUGUGUUCUAAAUUAAAAAUAAUUAUUAAACUGUAAGGAGGGGUGUCGCCACUUUUUGUGCAACCAGUUUGCUUGCCACAGGAAAGAAUAUGAGAUAUUAUCUUUUACUUCUCCUGUUGAUUUACCACAAGCAUAUGAUGAUUUGUAAAGCUUAUCCUCUGCUUGUAAAUUUAUACUCAGUGUUUUGUACAGGGUACAUUUAGCAUUCAAUUAAUGUCUUCGAUCAAUGAAUAAAACAAUGCCGAUUUCUAAAAUGUCCAUGUGCCUAAUUGUAGAGUAUGUAGUCAUAAUUCACAGAUGAUGACACUGUUUUUUGGUAAGCAAUGCAAAAACCUUGACAGAACACAUACUGUAGAUAAAGAACACAAGUUGCUAACUGAAAUACCGAAAAUAAAGGAAGUAGUCUCUUCUGAUAACGUAGUCUUCAGUUGAAAAGAUUUCAGUUUCAGUUGUUGGUUAGUGGCAUACUCAGUUUCUGUCAUUAGUUUGAGCUGUAAUUUACUGAUUACAUUUUCUUCUUUCGAAAUAUGAGUACAAAAUAUCAUGUCAUUCAUUGUUCACGUUAUUUUUAAGUAGUCUUGCUUUAUGCUAGUUUCAAUUGCACAACAUACUAUAUAUCAAAGGCAGGUAGCCAAGAAGAGUGCUUUUAUCCUCAUUUACAUCAUGAUAAUGCAAUAUUUAAUGUACUAAAUGUGCUUAAUGUUAAAUUAUACUGUAUAUGAUUACUUUACAGUUAAGAAUAUUGGCUUUUUACAUAAAUUUUACUGUACAGUAUAUGGAGCAGUGCCAACGUACCACACUUUGUGUAACCAAAUUUAAAAGUAAUAAAAGGAUCUCAGAAAUCCAACUCCUUGUAUAUAAAACAAGGGUAUAUUAACAUAUAUAAUACAUAAUUAAAUUAAUACAUUUAAUUGAAAUUGUCAACUUCUUUCUUCUUAUUCUCCAAAUUGGCUUAAAGCUAAUUGAUUUUGGAUUUUAAUAGCAUUGUUAAUGUCAACAUUAUGCAACAUAUUAUUUUUAGUUGCAAAGUUACCAAAAGUAUUACAGUACAGUAUAUACAAUAUUUUAA